GUGCGCGAUAAGACCAAGGUGCGUACUUUGUUAACCUAUAAAACCAUCUGGUUCAAAUUACUUCUCAUUCUCGCCAUGUUGAAGCUCGCAAUCUUCGCUGUUCUUGUCGCUGCUGCAGCUGCAGCUAUCUCCUCUUCAUGUCUUCAUGCCAUAUGCAUGGUGGAGUCUGGCUGUCAGCCUGCUGAUUGUAAAUAUGACGUUAACGGUGAAGCGUGUGGCUACUAUCAGAUCCACACGGGCUACUACACCGACUGCGGCCGUCCUGGCUCGGGUUGGGAGGCCUGUGCCAAAGACAAGGCCUGCGCAGACAGAUGCGUGAUCGCCUACAUGAAUCGUUACGGCACCUACUGCACCGGGGGAAGGACCCCUACCUGCGAGGACUAUGCCAGAAUCCACAACGGCGGCCCCAAGGGCUGCGUACACAGCAACACGAUCGGCUACUGGCACAAGGUCCAGGUAUACGCCGGUUGAUGCGUCGGGACAUGUCAGAUUCCUACAUUGUGACAAUAAAAACACACCUGAUAA